UAAUUUUAUGUAAUUUAUUUUAUUCAUUAUUGACGAAGAAGACAAUGACAGAAAAGAGUUUCUCUAAAAUUAUAUACAGCAGAGGUGAUGCGACAUAAACGUGGGACAACUGUGCCCUCUAGUGGUCAGCUACCACACUUUAUUAACAGCAACAGAGGCGGAGAGGGAAUUCCCGGUGGAGUUUGACCUGUGUCGGCCACCGUAGUAAACACUGGCCGGACUCUACAGACAAUAAUGUGACUGUAACUGAUGGCUUCAGUCCAACUUAGCUCCCUGUAUCCUCUGGUCUCCUGCUGAUUUAAGGCUAAAUAAAUGUUACGUUGGAUAUAAAAAUUACAGUCUUAGUCUGUCAGAUUGUGAAUCAUCAUGGAUUAUUUGCUCCAGGUUAAAAUAGGAGCUCUGUUCGGGCUGCUGAUCCUGACGCUGCUUUUUGGAUCCGUACCCGCCCGCGUCAAAUGGUUCAGACGCACAAACGGAACAGAGGCCCAUCGCACAGUUUUAAGUCUCAUCAGCUGCUUUGCUGGUGGAGUUUUCCUGGCAGCAUGUCUGCUGGACAUCAUUCCAGAUUACCUGUCGGACAUCAGUACAGAACUGGCCGCUCGGAAAGUGGAGACCAGCUUCCCUCUUCCAGAGUUCAUCAUGGCUGCCGGCUUCUUCACUGUCCUCAUACUGGAGAAGAUGGUCCUGACCUGUCAGGGGGGAGGAGGGGUUCAGGAGGAGAGAGCCCCUCUGUUACAGGAGAACAGAAAUGGACAUGGACAUGGACAUGGACACGGUGCAAGCAGUGAUCUGGAGAGCAGCGGUCACCACGUCCAUGUGGACUUCCAGGCUCACUCUCCUUUCCGCUCCUUCAUACUCUUCAUCUCUCUCUCGCUUCACUCAGUCUUUGAGGGCCUGGCUAUCGGCCUACAGAACACAGACUCAAAGGUGUUGGAGAUCUGCAUCGCUAUCCUGGUCCACAAAUGCAUCAUCGUCUUCAGCCUGUCGGUGAAGCUGGUCCAGAGCGCUGUUCGUCCAGCGUGGGUGGCCGCAUACAUCGGACUCUUCGCUCUAAUGUCGCCGCUCGGCAUCGCCAUCGGCAUCGGCGUCAUGGAGGCCCAGCUAGCAGCCGGAGCGCUGAUCCAGGCUGUCCUGGAGGGACUCGCCGCGGGGACCUUCAUCUACAUCACCUUCCUGGAGAUCCUUCCACAUGAGCUCAACUCCCCGGAGAAGCAGCUGUUCAAGGUGCUCUUCAUCCUGCUGGGCUUCAGCAUCAUGGCAGCGCUGACGUUUUUGGGAUGAGGUCUUUCUGCCGUCGGAGUCCUGGUGCCUCUGACUGCAGCUACUACAAGUUUGUAGGUGAUUUUUCUACUGAAAGACUACUUUGGUUUUUGAGAGAAAGUGGAUUUUUUUUUAGCCAAAUCACAGGCCAAAGACAGAGUUCCUCUUCUAUAAGAAACAAGUAAAUGCAAAAAAAAAA